UCUCACUCUCCUUUUUUUGGUUACCAUUCUUCUUCGUUUCUCUCGUGUAUAUAAAUUCGCUUCUUUUCUUCAAUCCACUCCGUCGCACGUCUCUGAGCCUGUUUAAGCUUUCCGUCAUCACCCUCUCUUUGAACUCUUUUUCCCUACAGAACCAUGUCCGACGAGGAGCACCACUUCGAGUCCAAGGCCGACGCCGGAGCUUCCAAGACCUAUCCUCAGCAGGCUGGAACCAUCCGCAAGAAUGGUUACAUUGUCAUCAAGGGCAGACCUUGCAAGGUGGUUGAGGUUUCAACCUCAAAGACAGGAAAGCACGGACAUGCUAAAUGUCAUUUUGUUGGUAUUGACAUUUUCACUGCUAAAAAGCUUGAAGAUAUCGUCCCCUCUUCACACAAUUGUGAUGUUCCUCAUGUUAGUCGCACUGACUACCAGCUCAUUGAUAUCUCUGAGGAUGGAUUUAUUAGCCUGCUGACGGACAGUGGCAACACCAAGGAUGACCUUAGGCUUCCAACCGAUGAGAGUCUGCUGUCCCAGAUCAAGGAUGGAUUUGCUGAGGGGAAGGAUCUGAUUGUGACUGUCAUGUCUUCGAUGGGAGAGGAGCAAAUCUGUGCUCUCAAGGACAUCGGCCCAAAAUAGACUUUCCUUUGAUAAAAAUACAACCGCAGCAAAAUUUUAGAACGGUAUCCAGAUCAUAGUCUAUAGUUGUUUGACGUUUGAGAAGCAUGGUUCGUCGAUGCUCGACAGGAAUAUUCUCGAUUAGUGGUUUCUUUUUCUCUCUGAGACUUUACCAUUAAUAUUUAUUCAUCUCCUACUAUUGCUGUUUGAAUUAAGAGUUCAUUUCUUCUUGGCUAGUGUCAUUUCAGUCAUAAAAUUAUGUAAACUGUUAUAGAUGCUAUGUUUGUUUUAAGAGUUGUAGGAUAGAAUCAUGGUUUCUUCUGAGGAAGUAUAAUAUUUAUUUACCAGUAGGGGGUUUCUUUUUUAGUAUAUCGCUUAUCGUAUAGUAUGCAACUUUCUUUCUGAA